CACAAUAUAUACACACACAUAUAUAUAUAUGUGUGUGUUUUUGAUUUGGUGGGGUUUUUGAUUGUUUGGGCGAUUAAUUAUUAGGAGAGAUGAAACUCCGGUACGCCAUGGUGUGCUCGUCGAAUCAGAACCGGAGCAUGGAGGCGCACGCGCUGCUGAAGAGAGAAGGGUUCGACGUGGCCUCCUACGGCACUGGCCAACACGUGAAGCUUCCUGGUCCCUCCCUCAGAGAACCCAACGUAUAUGAGUUCGGCACCCCCUAUAAGCACAUGCUCGAUGACCUCCGCCGCAAGGACCCCGAAUUGUAUCGGCGAAAUGGAAUACUACCAAUGCUCAAGAGGAAUGUAUCUGUGAAAACUGCUCCUCAGCGUUGGCAAGAAAAUGCAGCUGAUGGUACUUUUGAUGUGGUACUUACAUUUGAAGAAAAAGUUUUUGAUAUGGUCAUUGAAGAUCUACAUAACCGGAAUCAUGUUCUUUUGAAGCCUGUUUUGGUUAUCAACUUGGAAGUUAAAGAUAACCAUGAGGAGGCAGCUAUAGGGGGUCGGCUUGCUUUACAAUUGUGCCAAGAGCUCGAGACCAUUGAAAACUGGGAGGAUUGUGUUGAUGAUGUCAUCAUAAAUUUUGAGAGGCAAAACAACAGGAAGCUUCUGUACAGCAUCUCUUAUUAUUGAUGCCAGCAUGUUAUAGCAUGAUCAGAAAUUUCUCAUGAAUACCCGCGGCUGAAUUGGCAGGUGAUUCUAUACCUGCCACCCCUCUUGUUAUCCGGGUCAAGGAUGUGUGUGCGGCAUUUACAGGCAUGAAUCACUAGCUAAUAAUAGCUGAGGCUUUAGUCCCCUCAAGCUCUGUGAUACUUAUCGAAUUCAAAGUGUACUUGCUGAUGACCAUAUUGAUUGCGUACGAUUUAGUCGAACAAGUCGAAUUAGCCAUAAGCAGUACCCGUUCCAAGUGUUAUUGCAAAAAGUGUCGAACAUGAACUUUUAGCGAUAUGUGUGUUAAAGCUAUUAUUUAAGCAUCACAUUCUUUCGUCGAUACA